AAGGUAGAGAUGACCGAUGUUGGUGUUGGUGACGGUGCUGCCUCCUCCCCCGCCUCCGCUGUUAGAUGACCCAGUGUGCGUUCCUGCUGGAGGUGGUGGUGGGGGAGCUCACCCUCACCCGCUGCCACCGCCUCCCUCACCCGCCAGUCUCACCCACCAUCCGCAUCAAGGUGGGUGGUGGGCCAUCUCUCCUGGUUCCCUUCCUGGCCCCGGCCUUCACCGACCCCCUCGACCGGCCUGAUGCAAAGGGCGGCCACUACAUCUUCCAGCGGGGCAAGUCGUCCAUCUUCUCCGCCUCCUCCCAGCUCCUUGAGGGUGGCGAGGGGGGUCGGGUGAGGGUGGAGGUGCUGGCCUGGGGGGGUGGCAAGGGGGGCGUUCCUGGUGUGCUGGGCCGCUGUGAUGCUGUGAUGACCUCGCAUGACCUGACCUCAACACGCCUCGGCCUACGCGGGAAGCUUGUUUUAAUUGGUGAGGGCGGGGACGCCGUUGGAAAUGUCACCCUCACACUCUCCCUGCGGAAUCUUGGUGAGGUGGUGCCUGCCGUGGGGAACUGGGGGUCAGGCGAGGGCAGGGGAAGGAGCACCACAUCCCCAGGACACCCCAGGACCUACGAGGAGUCCUUUGAUAUCCUACAGGACGCUUCUGACCCCUCACCUCACACCGUCCCAUACCACGACCUUCCCAACUCAGAGAAGAUUGCCCUCAAGAUUGCCAGCCUUCAGGACCCUUGUGAGGCCUUUCUAGGGGAGUGGCAGCCUUCACACCAGCUGGGGGAGGAUGGGGGAGGCAUGGCCCAGCCCUUGCCCAUCCUGUAUGCCGGCCAGGACAGGGAGGGGGCCAGGAUAUGGGAGGAGAAGGUGGUCAGAAUGGGGGUCGGAGAGGCACCCCAGACAUUAGACGACCAACAGCCCUACAGGAAUGAAGAUGAGGUGUCGGACAUGGGAGAGAACAGCUACACAUCAGACGACAGCAACACCCAUACACCAGACACUCAGCAGCAACACAGGGGUAAAGAUAGCACACACAACACCCAGUACGGCAGUCAGGGCAGCAGCAACACACCAGACAACACCAGCAACACCCAACACCACAAACACAAACGGAAAAACAAAAACACACAUAAACACACAUUAAAACGCCCUUAUCACCCGCCAUCCAUCGCUCGACCCCAAGGCUGGCUACGCUCAACCCCCCCAGCCGCCAUCUCAUCCGCCCCUCCGCCACGUCUCAACCGCUCGCACCUCCUCCGCCUGGCUGCUGUUGACCAUCAGCUUGGAAAGGACUUGAGGGCGGAGGUGGACCGUCGAGUGCGAGAGAGAAUGAAGGGACUGGAGGCGGACUUUCUUGAGCAGGUGGAGAAGUUGACCGCUCGGAGGAGGAGUCAGGGGGUGAGAGAGAGGGGGAGGGGGCACACUACCACCACCGGCAACCACCGAGAGAGUGUGGGGUGCCAAACUGAGGGUGCCACGUCGAGCCCAGUGCCAUCAAGAGAGCAAAGUCCAUCAUCAUCAUCAUCAUCACUUUCAUCCGCUCACACAUCACACAAGCAAGCCUCCUCCACCACCACCACCACCUCCCACAAACGCACCAACAAAGCAACACACACACACACAAACACAAACAGAAGCGCGUCUCUCGCUACACCUAAGGAGAGACGGAAAUCGAGAAAGCCCGAUCUACCAAAACGGACAGAAACAAACAUAACCGCAUCUACCUCUUCACCCACGGAAACGACGGAAGCGGAAAAGCCCAGUCAAGCGAGAGAGGCGGACACACAACUACUUGGCACCCCGCAGAGAGCCACCAGCGACCUCCGAGUGCCAAGUGCCGCCAGGGUCAUGUUGGGGGAGAUGCCGAAGAAUGUAACUUAUGUGAUUGGCAGUGACGGGGAGAGAGUGUACGGGGAUGGCAUUGUGUUGGCCCCGGAGGAGGAGGGAGAGGGAAGAGGAGGAGGAGGAGGAGGUAGACAUGAAGAUGGGUCAAUAGGAAGAGUAGAAAAAACAACAGCUAAAAAUUGCGAGAAAGGAGAAGGAAGACGAGAGGAUAGCUUAGUAGAAGGAAGAGAAAGAACAGGAGGAGGAGGAGGAAGAGGUAGACAUGAAGAUGGGUCAAUAGGAAGAGUAGAAAAAACAACAGCUAAAAAUUGCGAGAAAGGAGAAGGAAGACGAGAGGAUAGCUUAGUCGAAGGAAGAGAAAGAACAGGAGGAGAAGGAAGGAAAAAACAAGAGAUAAAAACAGGAGAAAGACUUGAGGAUAGACCAGGUGAAAGAGGAGAAAGAACAGGAGGAGAAAGAAGAGAAAGAGAUACAAAAACAAACACAAACGGGAGGAAAAACAGCACCUCCUCAUCCCAUUCCUCCGCCAAACUCAGAACACCCAAGUCACUCCACGGCCAGACCCUCGGAAGUGACCUGAGAGCGCAGUGGGCGGAACAGGACCACCAGCUCCCCCGGGAACCAUCACAGGACACAUGGGGGCUUACCUACACCAUCAGGGCAGCCGAGCAUGACCACUCCACCGCCUCAGAGCACCAGUCCACCCCAUCCACACAUCUCACCACUCCACAGACCGGUAGUGAUGGUGGAGGCGAUGGUGGUGAGUCGUACACAACAGCAGCGGAGGAGGUGGAAGAGGAGGAUUUUGAGGAGUCGGUGGCGGAUGAGGAAGUGGAAGAGGAAGAUUUUGAGGAGUCGGGGGCGGAGGAGGAAGUGGAGGAGGAGGUUGUCAGUGCCUCGAGUCGCUCCGCCCAGGUCUGCCAGGAGAUUUUCAGGGGGCGGAAGGCGGACAUUCUCUCUGGUCUGGCCACAAGCAGCCCACCGCCGUCCAUUGGGGAAUCUCUCCUCAGUCCGUCUAGAAGUGCAGAUGAGUCUGAGCAAAGCCAUAGGGGGCAGAGGAACCUUAGUCCUGUCCUUAACCUCUCUCCAAGCCCUCGCCCUUCAACAUCCAAGCAUAAAACAACCCCGAAACUAGCUAAAAGUGACGUACUCAACUCUAACCCUCUCCGAAACCUCUCCCCAAGCCCUCGCCCUUCAACAUCCAAGCAUAAGGCAACCCCAAAACUAGCUAAAAGUGACAUACUCAACUCUAACCCUCUCCGAAACCUCUCCCCAAGCCCUCGUCCUUCCACCGCCAAGCAUAAGACAACCCCAACACAAACCAGAAGCAACCUAAGCCCAAGCCCUCGUACACCCGCCUACAACCAGAGGACAACCCCAAAACCUCAACCCAAAAGUCACCUCCGUAAACAAUAUAAAGAAAACAUUUAUACCCAAGAUAGCGACCAUGAGGGAGAAAGGCCCAGCACCUCAGCCUAUGCCCAGCUUUCAGGGAGUUCAAGAGGUGCCAGGGAGAGUGCCAGAGGGUCAGUCGGCAGUAGUAUAAGCGACAUUAGUGCCAGGAUAGCGGCACUUCUGGUGGCGAAGCGCAUGAGUGUGCCGCGGAUGAACACUGAAUCGGUGAGCUCGUAUGUCCCCUCGGAGGAACAUCCCGGCACCCUGUCCUCUGUGUCUGAUGUCCUGAUGUCCCCCUCGACCUCCUUCUCCGAGUGAGGGAGUGUGAGGUCAGGUGUUUGAGUGGUGGUGGUGGUGGUGGUACUGUGGUUGAGUGAGGUGCUUUGGUGGUGAUGGUGAGGUCUGAUUUGUUAGUGGUGGUGAUGGUUGUGGUGGGGUGAUGGUGGUGGUGGUUGUGGUGGAGUAGUGAGGUGGAAUAGAAGGGAAUUGUAGAGGUGGUGGUGAUCAUGGAUGUAGUGAAGUGGAAGAAGACUAGCAAUUUGUAGUAGAAGUAGUAGUAGUAGUAGUAGCAGUAGUAGUAGUAGUAGUAGUAAUAGUAGUAGUAGUAGUAUCAGUAGUUGUAGUAGAAGUAGUAGUAGUAGUAGCAGUAAUAGUAGUAGUAGUAGUAGUAGUAAUAGUAGUAGUAGUAGUAUCAGUAGUAGAAGUAGUAGUAGUAGUAGUAGCAGUAGUAGUAGUAGUAAUAGUAGUAGAAAUAGUCACUUUUCUUCUCAUUAAGGGGAUGUUUGAGUCUACAUUAUUUUUUUUUCCCCUGGCAUCCUUUAAUUCAUGGAUCUCAGUAGUAAUAAGACUAACACAUGCAUCAGAGCCUUACUUACUACACUGAAUAAAUAAAUAUGUACGCUAACCUAAUCGUUUUCAUACACAAAAAAUCAUAAGAUCAUACGGACAAUUUACAGUUUCACCCAACCAACGAUUUUAUUACGUGUUUCAUAUUUUGAUGAUGUAGUGAAUUGCACGAUUUUGUACCUCAAUAUCCGUUGCAAAUGUCUACCUUUUUUUUUUCCCCUAAUACUAAUGAUUACAGGUGUACGGGCGGCUUUAGAUUACGGUUUAGUAUAGAUCUCGAGGAAGGGUAAUAAUAUAUCCCUAAAGUUUAAUGGUGCUCCCUACACAUGUAUUAAUAGUGUUUACCUGCAACAAUAAUUAAUCAAU